AUGCCCGCUCUCCGAUCCGAGUCUGCCACGGUCCUCCUCGUGGCACCGCAUGGUCUCGAUGAGCCACGCCCGGCAGACGGCUGUGACUAUCGUGUCCUCCUCCUGCAGCGAUCGCUCAAGGCCUCGUUCAUGCCGGGCAUGUAUGUCUUUCCUGGCGGCAUCACCGAAGAGCCUCUCGAUGCUCAGCUCGCAGACGAGUACAACACCUCGCUGUUGAGAGUCACUGCCGUCCGCGAGCUGUUUGAGGAGGCCGGCGUCCUCCUCGCAGCCCCUGAUCGUCCGCUUCGAUCCGGCUUUCGCCGCCAUCUGCUCGACAUGACUCUUCCGGUCCUGCCGGCGGCCAAGGCGUCGACGUGGCGGAGCAAGGUCAACGCCUCUCCAGACGCCUUUGCCGACCUUGCCGCCGCCGUCGAGGCCGCCGGCGGGCGGAUGGCCUUUGACACCCUCGCGCCUUGGGCCCGGUGGAUCACACCCGAGUUUGAGCCGCGCCGGUACGACGCCACCUUUUUCGUGGGCGCCCUUGAUGCCGUCGACGCUGACGCGCUUCACUGUGACCGCGAGACCAUCGCGUCCAAGUGGAUGACUCCCGGCGAGGCGCUGGCUGCCGCUGCUGACGGCACCCUCAUGCUCGCUCCACCGCAGUGGCUCUGCCUUCAUGAGAUGGCCACCUUUACCGCGCUGGAGGACCUGAUGGAGUAUGCACACGCAGGUCGCUGCAUCGCGCCUAUCAUGCCGAACUGGUGCACCACACCCGACGGCACGCCUUACUCUGCUCUGCCCGGCGACGCUGACCACAGCCAGCACCCCGGGCCAAGCCCCGGCUCGCGCAAUCGCAUGUACAUGCGGAUUCGUGGCGGCGUCUCGGUUGUCGAGAUGCGGGUCUCUACCGACCUUGCCGACGGCCCGGCCUGGAUCCCGGAUGCCGACCGCAGCUCCUCGCCCAUCGUCGCCGCCGCACAACGCGCCUUUGCCAACCGAGUCGUCGUCUCGCCCGACAAUCCUGAUUCUCCGCCGCCGCCGGUCACCUCGACUCAGGCCAAGCUCUAGCGGUCAAAGCGCAGCUCGCUCAACGGUCAGCACCAUGUCGACCGCCGGCCGGCCGUAGAUCUGAAACUGCGCGCUGUCGCCUGCGCCUGCCGUCCAGCGCGCCCGGAUGCACUCGACAAGGUCGCAGGCGACCGCCUCGCGUGCUCCCUGCGAGAGCAGGCUGCACCCAUCAGCGGCU